AUGGCGGAACAGGCUUUAGGACUAACCUUGAACGCUGUUCCCAUUAUUGUCAAGCAUGGUGAUAAGGUCUGGGAUCCCAUUCAACACCGAUACAAGAAGAUGCGUGAACAAUUACCUCGAGAGGACUCCCAUGUUUAUGACAGCCGCACAAUGGAAGAGAAGGGCCUCCACUUGCGCCGACGGCGCGAUGUCGCCUCGGACGAAGAGAUCGUCGAGGUUGUGAGACACAAAGGCGAGAACCUCCCCAGACGUCCAAACCAUCGCGGAUCACCUCGAAGAUCCCGUUCAGUCAACAAUUCUCGAGCAAUGGGUGCCAGUGCAGCUGCUGGUGCAGGUACUGCGGCCCUUGUUCGCUACCGAGACCGACGGGACGAUUAUUCCGACUCUGAGGGCUCUAUCCCCCCUCGUUCCCGUGUUCGACCGAAAUCCACCUCGGGUCGAUCUCGACGCCGCCGUAGCUCCUCCAGUUCCUCGUCUUCGUCCUCUUCGUUGAUGUCUUCCACCGAGGAGGAAAAGAACUGUCGCAAAUUGCAACGCAAAAAGUGGAUCACAGCGGCCCUGGCUAGCGUGGCCACCAUUCAUGCAGCUUCCAAGAUCUACAGCUCCAUCGAAUCUCAUGAUAAGCGCAGGGAAAAAGUUCGAGAAGGGAAGUUAUCUCCCGAAGACGCACACAAACAACAACGGGCCUCUCGCUGGCAGGAUGCCGCAGCCAUUGGAAUCGCUGCACUGGGCAUAAAAGGUGCCGUGAGUGAGUGGAAUGAAGUAUCCGAGGAGCACAGUCAGCAUAAAGAGAUGUUGUUGCUACGGGAAGAACAUCACAAACAGCGAUUGGAAAGGGAACGCCGACGACGAGCCAGAGAGAGGGGCGGUUACUACAAGGGCCGAGACGGACACUGGUAUUACGAUGGCCCCACUCCACAGAGCAGUGAAAGCUACCGUGGCAGUGGAGUUGGAACCAGAUACGACGAUUCGAAUUUGAUCAAGGAUUCAGAUCGUGAGAGGAGAAUGAUUGAAGACGAGGAGGAUGACAGGAAGGACAAGUCUCGACGUGCGGUGAGUCAUGGCCGUGGAGAUGGCCGCUGA